AGGAAUACAAAAUUAAUAUGGCUUUGAUAGGAUAUCCGCAAAAAUAAAAGAAAAAAAUAAAUUAUGGAUGUUAGAGAGUGGUUGAACCCUCAGCCCCAUAUUCAUGGAAGUGGAAGCAGCAUUAAUUGAGUAGCUCAACACCCUUUAUAUAUGUUAUGUGUGUGGCAUGUAUGUUAUAUCUACCAAGCUGCUACAACACACAAACUAAAGUUAGAAGAGUUUGUAGAAAGGGCUACCUACAAAAUCAUAUCUUUGCAUCCUUUACAACAAAACAGAAAGAGAAGAAUGGCUUUUUGGAGAUCCACAACACUUGAAUCCGACAAACACGACUUGAAUACCUAUGCAAAUGCUACAACAACAACAACAGCAACAACGGACAAGGACGCCACUACUACUCAUGCUGAGCUCACCAAAAUCCCUCUUAUGAGAGCCUUCAUUGAAACGCACGAUCCCUCUUCUAUGCAUGAAGUGGAUGAUUUGAUGAUGAGAAGAUUUCUGCGUGCUCGUGAUUCAGAUGUUGACAAGGCUUGUGCAAUGCUCCUCAAGUGCUUGAAAUGGAGGCGCUCCUUUGUUCCAAAUGGUUUCUUUUCUGUGUCAGAGGUUCCCAAUGAAAUCUCACAGGACAAGGUCUUCGCCCAAGGACAUGACAACAGAGGUCGACCAAUCGCUGUUAUCUUUGGUGCCAGACAUUUCCAAAACAAACAGGGUGGUCUCGAUGAAUUCAAACGUUUUGUUGUGUAUGCAUUUGACAAGUUAUGUGCCAGUAUGCCAGCUGGGCAAGAAAAAUUUGUGGGCAUUGCAGAACUUAAGGGAUGGGGAUACUCUAACAGUGACGUGCGUGGAUACAUUACCGCUCUAAGCAUUUUGCAGGAUUACUACCCUGAAAGAUUAGGCAAGUUGUUUAUUCUGCACGCACCUUACAUAUUUAUGAAAGUGUGGAAAGUCAUUUACCCCUUCAUUGACAACAAUACCAGGAAAAAGAUUGUAUUUGUGGAGAACAAGAAGCUGAAAUCAACACUGCUAGAAGAUAUAGAGGAGAGUCAGCUCCCAGAGAUAUAUGGAGGCCAAUUGCCAUUAGUCCCAAUACAAGAUAGCUGAAUUAUUGAAUAACAAUAAUAAAAUUGAUGACUUUCACAUGCAAUAAGGAAUAAAUAAAUAUUUUACAUCAUUAUUAUAUGUUAUCUCACUGUAUCAGUAGGUGCAGGUUUUAUGAAUAAAGAUUGGGGUGUCAAUACACUAAUCAAUCUCAGCAGAUUCAAUUUGUAAUACAAAUAUUGAAUUAAGCAGUACUAGAUUGUAGUAAUAAAAUUAAGAUUUGGUACGGCAAUAAUGGUAGCAUGGAGGUGGAUAGAAGGGAAGAGUAGAGAAGAGAUUAUGAUUGUUGGGUUGAGACCUGAGACUACAAUAAUACAGGGGACUUCCUGGUAA